UGGGCCAGAGGAGCAGGAGAGAUGACCUGGGGGACCCUGUACACCCAGCUGGCUGGUGUGAACCGCCACUCCACCAGCCUGGGGAAGGUGUGGCUGUCUGUCCUCUUCAUCUUCCGUGUCACCGUGCUGGUCCUGGCAGCCGAAAGCGUCUGGGGGGACGAACAGAGUGACUUUGUCUGCAACACCCUGCAGCCGGGCUGCGAGAACGUCUGCUACGACCACUUCUUCCCCGUGUCCCACAUCAGGCUCUGGUGUCUGCAGCUUGUCUUCGUCUCCACGCCUGCUCUCCUCGUCGCCAUGUACGUGGCCUACCGUAAUCACGGCGACAAACGCCAGGUCCUGCAGCAGGGUUCAGUCGGGGGGCGUUGCCGCAGCGACAAGGCCCAGGCGGCCCAGGAGGCUGAGCUAGAGAGUCUGAGGAGGCGGAGGCUGCCAAUCGCCGGGCCGCUGUGGUGGACGUACGCCUGUAGUCUGGUCUUCCGCCUGCUGUUCGAGGGAGGCUUCAUGUAUGCUCUAUACGUGUUGUACGACGGCUUCCAGAUGCCCAGGCUGGUCCAGUGUGACCAGUGGCCCUGUCCCAAUGUGGUGGACUGCUUUGUCUCCCGCCCCACAGAAAAAACUGUCUUCACCGUUUUCAUGGCCGCCUCCUCCUGCGUCUGUAUGGCUCUCAACAUGGCCGAACUGGCCUACCUGGUGGCCAAGGCUAUCGCUCGGUGCCCGUCAUCACGGCGCAGAGGGGGAAAACAGAAAGGGAAGGGUGCAAACUGUUCCUCAACCUCUUCCAAAGACAAGACUCUGCAGCAGAACAAGAAGAAUGAGAAGUUGUUGUCGUCCUCUUCGUCUGGGUCCACCUGCAGCAAGGCGGUGUGA